UAGUGGUCAUUUCCGGCUACUUAGUAGGAAUCGAUUUAACAAAUCCAAUCGGAACAUCUUUGCUACGUAAGGUAUUCUAAGAAGAUAUCUCGGAGAUUCAAAUAUGAGCAAACCAGGCUUUUCGUUUGGCCUCAAUCGCGCCAAGAAACCCGGCGCUUCAAAACCAGCUCCCCCGAAAAGGAAGCCAAUGUUUGGUGGUGAUGACGAUUCGGACAACGAUGCGAAAGAUCCGAGCACUGGACCCCAAGCGACCAAUAUAUCUGAAAUAGACGAUUUUACGACAGAAUCCCCGAAUUUACAGUCAACCAAAAAGUCGCUGUCUAAGUCGAACAAUGGCCCGCCGUCUCAGCCCCCGAACGGCAAAGGCAAGAAAACACAAAUAUCAAUGUACGGCGAUUUAUCAAGUUCGCUAGAAUCGCGCAAACACCAAGAAGCCGCAGAAGAAUUAGAUCCUGGAAUAUACGACUACGACGCGGUCUACGAAUCGCUAAAACCAGAAAAGAAGGUCACACAAGAAGAUAUCGAGAGGAAACCGAAGUAUAUGAAGAACCUCAUCGCGUCCGCUGCCAUACGAAAACGCGACGCCCUGAUUGCCGAAGAGAAGAAGAUUGCGCGGGAACGGACAGAGGAGGGAGAAGAAUACGCCGACAAAGAGAAGUUUGUCACAGAAGCAUACAAGAAACAGCAAGAGGAGAAUCGGCGCAUCGAGGAAGAGGAACGUAAGCGCGAAGAAGAGGAAGCUAAGAAGAAUAAAGGAGGCGGCAUGACUGCUUUUUACAAGGACCUACUAGAAAGAGGCGAUCAACAACACGCAGAAGUAGUUAAGGCGGCGGAAGAGCGCGCAAAGGCAGGCCCUAAAGAGGACGAGGCGGAAGAGGAGAAGGUCAAGACCGAUGCGGACGUGGCGAGAGAGAUCAACGAGAAGGGCGGUUCUAUUGCCAUCAACGAAGAGGGCCAGGUAGUGGACAAGCGCCUGUUAUUGAAAGGUGGUCUGAAUCUAGGUGCGACUAAAAAACAAGAACCCCGAAAGGAGACGAGCAAGGGGCCAGAUCGCAGAGACGACCGAGGUCCGUCGCGCGGCUUUGUCGGCGCUGGCGGGAAACAAGCUAUGCGUGAAAGGCAAACCCGGAUGCUCGAGGCGCAGCUCGAGCAGUCUCUCAAGAGAUCCAUGGAGGAAGAGGAGGCGGAGAAGCAAAAGGUCGAACGCGCAGCGAAGAGCCGCAAGACCGAGUCCGACGUCUCGAGCGCCCGGGAGAGAUACCUUGCGCGCAAGAGGGAAGCCGAAGAAGCCAAGAAAAAGGCGACUACAGAGAAAUCAUAAGCGGAAUCCAUAUACCCAUUCCGAAUCUAAUCAAGACAGAAUAUCCAUCUUGAAGUCAUUGCCUCAUGUAAUGUACACUCUAUAUCCCCACUGCUCCGAAACCGUAAGGUCGCUCGCUUUUCGUCACUGGUUUUGAACCGGAACGACUUGGCCAUUGACUAUGGAUCUAAUAUAUCACGAUUAGGAAUGAUCGGGUGCAACUAGAUGUUUG